AAAGGGCAAUGAGAGUUGCCACAGUUAGGACAGACUGAGAGCAGAAGAUGAGCUCUGAGCCUUUGACUCGCUCUGAGGUGUUUGGGCAGCUCAGGAGGGAGCUCUAUGGAGAGGAGCAGUCCAGUCCCUCCAACACGCACAUAUGCAUCAUUCUGGGAGCCUCUGGGGAUCUUGCUAAAAAGAAGAUCUAUCCAACUUUAUGGUGGUUAUUCAGAGAUGGUCUGCUCCCAGAUGAUACCUACUUUGUGGGUUUUGCCCGGUCUAAGCUGACUGUGGAGGACAUCAGGACAGCAUGUCUGCCUCAUAUGAAGGUCACUGAUGAAGACAGUGAGUGUCUCUCAGCCUUCUUCAGUAAGAAUUCCUACCUGAGCGGCAGGUAUGACGACGACAGAUCUUUCACUCAACUUGACUCUCAUCUGUCAUCUCUGCCCGGGGGAGCUGAGGCCAACAGACUCUUCUACCUGGCCCUGCCACCCACCGUCUACCAGCAUGUCAGCACAAACAUCCGAACCCACUGCAUGAGCCCCAAAGGCUGGAGCAGGGUAAUUGUUGAGAAGCCCUUCGGCCGUGACCUACAGAGCUCAGAGGAGCUGUCAGCCCACCUGUCCUCCCUGUUCACAGAGGACCAGAUCUACCGCAUAGACCACUACCUGGCAAAAGAGAUGGUGCAGAACCUCAUGGUGCUCAGGUUUGGAAAUCGCAUCUUUGGACCCAUAUGGAACAGGAACAGUGUGGCCUGCGUGGUCCUCACCUUCAAAGAACCUUUUGGCACUCAGGGCCGCGGAGGAUACUUUGAUGACUUUGGCAUCAUUCGAGAUGUCAUGCAGAACCAUCUCCUCCAGAUGCUCUCUUUGGUCGCCAUGGAGAAACCUGCUUCCACCAGCCCAGAUGACGUGAGGGAUGAGAAGGUGAAGGUGUUGAAGUGUAUAGCUCCUGUUGCUGCGUCAGAUGUGGUGCUUGGCCAGUAUGUGGGGGACCCUGAAGGUGAGGGCCACUCCAAGCUGGGUUACCUUGAUGACCCGACCGUACCAGAAGGCUCCUGCACGCCGACUUUUGCCACGGCUGUGCUUUAUGUCCGGAAUGAAAGAUGGGAUGGCGUACCUUUCAUUCUCCGCUGUGGAAAAGCUUUGAAUGAACAGAAGGCAGAAGGGCGGCUGCAGUUCACUGACGUACCAGGAGACAUUUUUGGCGAAAGCUGUCAGAGGAACGAGCUGGUGGUGCGGGUGCAGCCGGACGAAGCCAUUUACCUAAAGAUGAUGACCAAGAGGCCUGGGAUUUACUUCAGCCCUGAGGAGACUGAGCUGGACCUCACCUACAGGAGCAGAUACAAGAAUGUGAAGCUACCGGAUGCUUACGAGAGACUGAUACUGGAUGUCUUCUGUGGAAAUCAGAUGCACUUUGUCUGCAGUGAUGAGUUGCGAGAGGCCUGGAGAAUUUUCACCCCCGUCCUCCACCAAAUAGAGGGAGAGAAGACACGACCAAUCCCCUACAUAUAUGGAAGUCGUGGUCCAAACGAGGCGGAUGACCUUGUGAAGAGGGUGGGAUUCCGCUAUGAGGGAACUUACAAGUGGGUGCCCCGCUUGUGACAUGAUUCAGACACACACGCACGCACGCACGCACGCACGCACGCACGCACGCACGCACACACACACACACACACACACACACACACACACACACACACACACACACAUAUAUACGCAAUAGGCAAGUUUACAAACAAUAAAGUUUACUGAAAUCUUUCACUGCUGUAAGUUGUUGUUGUUGUUUUGUCUGCAAGUUGAAAAAAUACCCUUGCAUUUUAACCCUGAUCAUACAAGAAUGAAUGAGGAAACAACAAUAACUGCACAAGUCUGAUUUUAGUGUUCAACUGUAAAUUUCAAACUUCUAGUUAAUGAAAAAUCAUGCAGUCUUCUGCCUGCACUUCUCUUUUUAAUAGAAUUGGCCACUUUUGUGAAGAACCCCCACGGCCUUCAGACAUAUGAGACUUGAACUUAAAUUAUUUUUUAUUUGAUAUUUUAUGGAUGUAAGUCUGGAUCAAUAUUUACACAUAGGGUAAUUUCAAUGUUAAGAAUAUAAACCUGUGCCAUCAGCAGGCCUGUGUUUACAGUCCUCACUACACCAUGAUGACACUAAACACCAAAUACUCUUUGCACUAUGGGGGCGUGUUGGUCUGUUUUGUAAGAACAGGUGACUCUUUGAAAAAAAAUGUAACUGUAAAUGACCUGCUUCAGGGAAGUAUAACUUACAGGUAGGAGCUUUGAGCUAAAUUCAAAUUAAAUUUGUUAAUACUUCUUUAUUACGGUUAAUCUGUCACAAUACAUGAAUCAGUUUUAACAUUACAACUUCCAUUUACUUUUAAAUUUGAUUUAUUUCAACUGCCUGCAGCAGACUGAUGCUGUU